UGACGUCAUCAGAAAGUGCCGGGAAGUGUUGCUAAGGAGACGGCGGUUGAAAGAUGGAGAUGGAGGAAAGUUGUGCGAGAAUCUUGCAGGCACACAUCCGUGGUUUUCUGGUCCGACGGAAGCUACAGAAGGUUCAUCAGGAAUAUUUGGAGGUGGUGCGAGAGAUAGAGGGAGAAGACGUUAUCCUGUGCCCAGGAAAAUGGCUCCUAUCCAUCCCACAGGUCACUGCGUUGGAUAAGGUUCAGAUAAGCAGACCAGACAAACCAGAAUAUAAUGGCUUUGCCCAUUCAAAGCUUUCAAGUUCUUCUAAACAGUCUAUAGAAUUCAAGCAUAGAGAAACACCUUUCAACAUAACUUUUGAAGGAAAAGUGCAUGUGAAGAAAACAGAAACACGUAUGCCUUCAUUUGUCAGAGAAAAAGAUGUACAGAGCUUGGAACAGCAAUGUCAGAAAAUGAUGGAGGACCCUAUCGAGACCCUUGGCCCAAACCAGGAUAUCUCCUUUAUUCAGGGAACAAAAGCAGAAAGGGAAGGUUUCUUUCCAGAGAACAUUAGUCUAGAAAGAGACAGAUGCAUUCGACAGACUGAUGGUCCAGUACGAGAGGUUAGCCAUAUGGAGACUGAUGGUCCAGUGCGAGAGGCCAGCCAUGCAGAGACUGAUGGUCCAGUGCAAGAGGCCAGCCAUGCAAAGACUGAUGGACCAGUACGAGAGGCCAGCCAUGCAGUGAGUGAUGGUCCAAUACGAGAGGCCAGCCAUAGAGUGACUGAUGCCCUAGUAGGAGAGACCAGACAUAGAGAUGACAAAAAUAUAGAGGUUCCAUCAAGGACUUCUGACCCUGACAUAAAGCACCACCUACCACAUUCUGAGGCAAAGGGCACCUUUCCUAGUCUGGAACUGAGAAGAGACAGUAUCUUAUGGUUUGAAGAAACUGUGAAUACAGAUAUCACCAUGAAGACUGCAAGUGAGCUAAGAAAAUACAGAAGUCAUUUGGCUAUGGAGAUCUUGUGGGUGCAACAAGCAAUUGCUAGUAGAAAGAACUAUCUUAUGGUCAGACAGAGGUUGGGAGCCUGUGAUUGAUUUUCUGUGGUUCUGAAAUAAUCUGGAAGCCAGAACAUUUACCAUACCCGGACUUUCACACUUCGAGGAUCAGGCAUCAUGUCCUUCGCUAAAUCUAUCCGAAUGUUGACUUUUUCUGUGCAGAAAGAUCAUCUGUCACCAUGAUCAACCCUAUUAAAUCAGGCAUAUUGCCUAGCAGGGUUGAUCAUGCUGAGUAAAAUGAUACCUUUCCUUUUUCUCUAGGGUGACUGCUAUAGUGAUAUCUUUAUAUUCAUGCAAAUUAGCCCUCCCCUUCUCUUUGAUUUGACAGGGGUAGACACUGUCACCGAGCCAAACUCGGAAAGCAGCAUCUGAACCACAGCACAAGGACAGACAUUGACUCUGCGCAGGUGCGAGAACACAGGGCUAGGCAAAAUGUCUAGCCUUGUCAAUCAAAGGGGAAUAGGGAGUGCACAGAGCAUAAGAGUGUUUUGUUAGUGGUGCUCCAAGGUCUCAGGCCAGCCCGUUGGUGCUUGAAAUUGCUAAUUUGCAUAAAUAUAAAAAUGAAGAUAUCUCUGCAGCUGUUCACACCACAGAAAAAAGAAAGGUAUCGUUUUACUCAUGAUCAACCCUACCAGGCAAUAUGUCUGGUUUAAAAGGAUUGAUCAUGCUAACAGAUGAUUUUUAAUAAUGUUUGUUGGCAAUAAUGAGUAAUAAGUAAUAAAGCACUUAAUUUAU